GGAUUUGUAAUUUGAAAUGGAGCAUAAAUAUUGACAUAUAUAAACAAUUAAGGUCCUGUAUUAUCUCUCCGCACUAAAAUUUUAAUUCGUCAUUCCCUCUUUACUGUUUUUUUAUUUUUGUUAACACUAUUAUGAAGAGAUCAAGCAACGAUUCAUCGUCCUUCACAUCUAAAUCUUCUAAAAGACUUAAAUUAGAGCAUGAAAUAUUUUCCAAAUCUAUCAGAGAUAUAGAGCAUAUGUUUAGCGGAAGUGAUUCCGUCACUACCGUUUCAAAUACACAAGACGAAUUCAGACCCAAGCUACAACCAAGAACAAGACAGCGAACAUUAUAUCCACCACCACCACCACCACCACCACCAUCUGCACCUGUCGCAUUCCACUAUCUCAAUACUGAUAUCAUUGCAUCUAAUCCUUCUUUCAAUUACGAUUUUGUAAAUCCUUCGUUUUUGGAAGAACGCCAGGUAAAUAUACCACGAGCUCCAUCAACCACAUGUUAUUUCAAGAACAAUAUACCUAUACUCCCAUCGCAGAAGCAUGUUUCACAGCAACAAGAGCAAUUUAAUUCAGAAGGUUCCGGGUUUUCUAAGGAUUACAUAGACUUAAUUAUUAAUAACGAUGACUACGACGAUGAAAAUGACGAUUUAUUAAAUUUCAAAUCUUCAUUCACACAGGAUGUUCUGCUUAUAGAUCAAUUAAUAAUGAUGAACUAGGGAAAAAAAAUAUGGGGUGAUUAAUAUAUAGAACGCUUUUUCUCAGCUGGUAUGAUUAAAAAAAAAGUUUGUACUAUUAAUAUAUUAUCAUGCAAUU